ACAUUUAGAACAUUCUGCAGCCAAAGUCACGAACGUUAAGAUAAGCUUUAAGAAUAUUCAGGUUAUAAGUCUACAUUGUGCUUUUGAUAUCAGUUGAGUUAAGAGAAAGCAAGAUGAAAGUUAUCACCGUCUUUCUUACACUAACAGGAUUGCUGUGUGGUGUAAACGGGUAUUGUGGAAGUUGCGAUGACCAGUCUGGCGUGAAGGAUCCCAUGUGUGGCUAUGAUGGAGUCCGAUAUCAGACAUUCCAAAACCCCUGUUACCUUAAGAUGGCAAUAUGCAAAUAUACAGAAGCCGGGGAAAAAUUGACGCUUGCUUACAGAGGAGAAUGCAAGACAAGCGCGUCCUUGACAAAUGUCAAACCAGCCAGUCAGCUUGGAACCAGUGGAGCAACUUACCUUAGAGACAAAUGCAGCUCGCCCUGUCAGUCUACUGGGGAAUUACUUAUCUGCGGAACAGACGGAAUCACUUAUCAGAACAAAUGCGAUUUCGCACAAGCGCAAUGUAAAUAUCAAGCUAACAACAAACAGCUCGAUGUCGACUAUUUGGGCGCAUGUCGAACUACCGAUGUCAAACCGGCCACACAGCUUGGGACUGGUGGUUCAACUUCCUUGAUAAGUGACAAGUGCAACAUGAACUGUGACUCGACUGAGAGAUAUCCAAUAUGUGGCACAGACAGAACAACAUAUCAGAACAAGUGUUUCUUCUACCAAGCUAUGUGUGUGAAGCAAGCCUCUGGAGAAAGACUUGAUUUUGCACAUGAAGGAGCUUGUAUAACAGAUAGCAGUUUGACGGGUGCAGUACUUACUUCAAAAGCUUGCUCCGUUACACGUUGUGAUAGCUCCGCUCAGAGAGUAUGUGGUUCAGAUGGAAAUGUUUAUGAUAGUGAAUGUGGGUUCUUGAAAGCACAGUGCGCCAAUCCACGGUUGACGAGAGUGCGUUGUGCAACUCUUACUGCUGCUCUGGGUUAAACAAUGAUUUACAAUAAAGUAUUGCAACACUU